UGUCUAAGUGUACAUCUGCUCAUUGUAUACCUGCAUGUAUGUACAGUCAUGUACCUACAAGAAUGAUAGAUCAGAAGGCCGAAAUUGAAACGACAGAAGCUGACACUCUGCAAGGCAAAGACGGUGUCCAUUACCAUAAUACUCUUAUUAAAUGAAAUAAUGGGGUUGUUCCUUCAAAUUCUCCUCCCCCCCCCCUUUUUUUUGUUUACCUUGUGUAUAACAAUGAUGCUAAGUGGGAUUCCCACCCUGCUAAUUCUAGAAAAAGGGGUCUUUAAUAUUUCCAGUACAUACAUAUACCGGAAAGAGGCUGUUCUCAACCGAUUUCAUGGCCCUUUCCAUAGAAGAGUCGCUUACUCGUGAAAUCCCAAGAGAAGGCUGACGGACUAACGCAAUUGUUAUCUGCAAGUCUUCGCUGGUCGUGCAUGUAAGUCCAAAUGAAUGGGAUAUGUCAAAUCCCACGAUUCAGUAAGAUACCUCAGGUACAGUACAGUACAAUACCUACCUAGCAGCACUACCAACAUACCUCCAGGUGCUCAGGCCAUCUGCAGUGGAUUUAAAGAAACUUGUCAAUAAUUCAUUGAUUUCACCACUGUAUUGUUUCUCAGAUAUUUCCAUGAGGGCCAGAUUCCACUCAUCCACUCAUAAUUGUGUUUUUUUUUAUUUUGAUCUGUUGGUGGUAUUUAUAUAUAGAGAUAGUAAGAUGUACUAUUCAAUGAUUUACCUCCAGCCUUGCAGAUGGGGCUUAGACCACCCAUGGCACGACUAAACACGAUCAUGAUGGAAAAUUAAGCCGAGAGUCAAAGAACAAAAGACAAAGGCCAAAAGUAAAAACGAAAAAAGGAAAACGAAAAAAAAAAACCAGGGCAAAAAAGGUUAAA